ACACGUUUUCCGGUUCCGGGUCUGGUGCGCCAUGCGUGGUCUAGCGGCGGUUGUGGGGCGGGAGCGGGGAGCGGCAAAAGCAUCCAGCAUGAAGAUGGCGAAGAAAGUGUCUAAAGGGACCAAAGCGAGUAAAAUGACGAAACCCAGGCGGACGGCGAAGCGGCUCCUGGUUGUGGCGAAUCAGGCGGCGGCCGCCGAGGCAGCGCGACGCGCCCGCCACCUGAAGGCGCUGAGCUGCGUGUCAGGCGCCGAGCGGGAGCUGGAGGAGCUGGUGUUCGGUGACAGCCUCAAUGGCGAGGAGGACGAGCUGCUGCGGUGCCUGGCCGGGCCUCGACGGGUUACUGCUGCAGAGGAGAAGGACCUUCAGGAAGAGUCCAGCGAUUCGGGGGUGGAAAAUGAAGCGAAACGUGACUUACUGCUCAAAAGUCCGGCCUGGGUCGAUGAGGAUGAUGAAGCUGAGGAAAAUGUUGAUAUGACCCAUAAGUACAGGAAAGAUUUAAUGAAAAGUGAUGCCGAGACAACGCUUACUAAGAAAAAACUAAAGAAAAGACUUGAGGAACAGUUUCAGCAAGCCAUGGGAGGAGUUCCUGCCUGGGCUGAUCUAGAAAACAGGAAGAACUCCAAAAGGACUUUGAGUGAUAGUGACAGUGAUGAAGAUGAUGAUCUGCUACGCAGGACUGGCAAUUUCAUAACAAGCUCAGAGUCUCUGCCAAGAGGGAUUUUGAAGAUGAGCACCUGCCCUCCUGCAAACCAGGAACGUUUUGCCAAUGGAAAACUGGUGACAGUGCAGUUUCAUCCUUCAGCUCAAGUGGUGAUGACAGCUGGGCAUGAUCGCUCUGUGUCCCUCUUCCAGGUGGACGGUAUAAAGAACCCAAAAAUACAGAGCAUCUAUUUAGAGAGUUUUCCAAUUUAUAAGGCUCGUUUCAGUGUGGAUGGAGAACAAGUUAUAGCCACUGGUACUCACCACAGCAUGUUCUUUGUGUAUGACAUGAUGGCUGGGAGUAUCAUCCCUAUCCCGAAAGUCCGAGGUGUGGAGGAAAAAUUCCUCAGAAACUUCGAACUGUCUCCAGAUGGAUCAUUUAUGCUGCUGAUUGGAAAUUCAGGUUAUCUUCAUUUGCUGUCCAUGAAGACAAAAGAACUGAUCAGCACUAUGAAAGUGAAUGGAAGGUGCACUGCCUCUGCUUUCACCCCAGACAGCAGUAAAAUAUACAGCUAUUCAAAGGAAGGCGAAGUUUUCAUUUGGGAUGUGAGAAGCCGAAAGGGUCUACACAAAUUUGAAGAUGAAGGUUCUUUGGAAGGAAAGUGCAUUGCUGUUUCAAAAAAUAACCAGUAUGUGGCAUGUGGUUCAUCUUCUGGAGUUGUAAAUUUAUACACUACUGAUGUCUGCCUCAAAGAAAAUCGUCCUAAACCAGUUAAGGCCAUAAUGAACCUUGUUACUUCUGCCACCUGUGUGACCUUUAAUCCCACCACAGAGAUUUUGGCAGUGGCUUCCCGUGACACUGAUGAGGCUGUCAAAUUGGUGCAUCUUCCUUCAUAUACAGUAUUCUCAAAUUUCCCAGUCUUCAGAAAAAAACAGAUUUAUCUUACUCAAUCUAUGGACUUCUCUCCCAGAAGUGGAUAUUUCUCUGUAGCAAAUAACAAAGGCAAAGCUUUGUUAUUUAGGCUGAAACAUUAUUCGUUUUUCUGAAAGAAGAUACAGGAGAAAAUGAACCAGUAACUGAGGUGAAAACAGCACUAGAACUGUUUACAGUGUUGCCUUGAGGAGCCUCAAAAUUUUCAUUUUGCUGCCUCCACUUCUUUAUAGAUGGCAGGAAGAAUUUCUUAGCCCUGUGUGAUCUGUCCUGCCUGGACACUCGUGAGCUGGGGUAGGACUGGCCUUGUCACUCUCAGCUUUUCUGAUAAUGCAGCAAGUUCAGCUAAAAACCACUGUCAGUAGGACUGAGCUGAUUAUAUUUAAGUCAAACUCAGCAAUGUUGAUAAACAGCUGCAGGCUGACAGGGACUUGGCUUGAUCCUAUUCUGGAGUAUUGUAAGCCCGCAGAAGUCUGCAUAUUUUCAAAUUCCCAUUACAGGAAUUACUGAAGUUUGAUGCAUAGUUUGUGUGCAGAUACGAUUUUAUUGUGCACUUAAAUGUCUUCUUGGGAAACUGGAAAAUCUUGUAGCCUUGACAGUAAUACACUAGAUUGACAAAAACUGUAUUAAUGAGGGGAGGCUGAACUUGUUUAGACUGGAAGCAGCUCUGGCUUCUGCAUGUUAAGCUUGCAUAGAAUUUUGUGAUGGCUCGGUGUUUGGAGAAUACUAACAAAAUUAUCUCUACUGGUCUUUCCCCAGGUUUUGUAACCUGCAGAUAAAAUGAUGCUGACAAAAUCAAAGCAUUUUUUUGCAAUUAUUAUUAUUUUUUUAUUUUAUAUGGAAGGUACAAAGUACUAAUAGAAUAUAUGUAUUUUUAAAUUUGUUGGUUUUAAAUAAAUGUACCUGGUAAGUUUCCAGGCAACUUGUUUCA